UUACACCAUAAAUUAAACCCAAAAAAAAAUAAAUGUCUUGUUCUUCCACCACCUUGGCUCUUCUUCUUCUUCUUCUAGUCGCCGCCGCCGCAAAAUCUGCUCCGACGAGGAAGCAUGUUGCGGCGGUGGAAUCGGUGAGAGAAGGCAUGCAGCAAGCAAUAGCUUGGGCCAACGGCGGCGUCAAAACGGCUAGCGGGCCGGGCCCUGAAUCGGGCUUUCCCGGUGGGGCCCUCCGCGACUGCGCCGUGCUGUACGGAGAUGCGGAGUCGAGGCUGGCCCGGUUGGUCUCCGGUGAGGCGGAGGAUUGGGGCGGCGACGACGCCGUGACUUGGCUGAGCGCCGCCUUGGCCGGCCACAACACUUGUUUGGAUGGGUUGGGAGAGAUGAGGGGUUUCUAUGAAGCCCAUAAUUUGACUAACCUAAUUAGGGAGGCUUCGGCUGUUUACCGGGCCGAGCCCGAGACCAAUAUAGGUGGAAAUGCAAAGGGCAAGAAAAUAGUCCCUCGAAGGCCCGACCCGAUACAUGAAGGAGGGCUUUUAACGGCGUGGAAUCCAGCAACCUCAAAUGUGGACUAUGUGGUAGCUCAAGAUGGGUCAGGGAAUUAUAGGACAAUCAACGAGGCCGUGGCCGCAAUAGCCCGAUCGGGCCGCAAUAGGCCCGAAAGAGUGGUAGUGCACGUAAAGUCGGGCGUAUAUAAAGAAAAAGUAGAAAUCGGAAGAGAAUUGAGCAACAUCAUGUUCGUCGGCGACGGCAUCGACAAAACCAUCGUCACCGGAAAUCGCAACGUGCAAGACGGCUCCACCACUUUCAAUUCUGCCACAUUCGGUGUCUCGGGGGACGGGUUUUGGGCCCGGGACAUGACCUUCGAGAACACGGCCGGGCCCGGGAAGCACCAGGCCGUGGCGCUGAGGGUGGCGUCCGACCGCGCGGUGUUCUACAGGUGCAGCUUCAAGGGCUACCAAGACACGCUCUUCGCCCUCUCGCUGCGCCACUUCUACCGCGGCUGCCACGUGUACGGCACGGUGGACUUCAUAUUCGGCGACGCCGCGGCGGUGCUCCAGGACUGCGACGUCUUUGUGCGGCGGCCGAUGGACCACCAGUCCAACAUGAUCACGGCGCAGGGACGGAGCGACCCCAACCAGAACACCGGGAUCUCGGUCGUCGGCUGCCGCGUGCGGCCGGCGCCUGAGCUUCGCGGCCUAGAGGGGAGGUUCCGGAGCUUCCUGGGGCGGCCGUGGAAGAGGUACUCGAGGACGGUGUUCAUGAAGACGAAUUUGGAUGGGUUGAUCGAUCGGAGGGGGUGGAACGAGUGGAGCGGCGGAUUCGCGCUCGGCACGCUCUACUACGCCGAGUUCAUGAACACGGGGAGCGGGGCUACCACGGCGGGGCGGGUCCGGUGGCCGGGUUUCCACGUGUUGAGCGAUGCGCAUGAGGCGGAGCACUUCGGCGUUAGGGAUUUUAUCGGCGGCGAUAAGUGGAUUCCGGCCACCGGAGUGCCGUUUUCGACUGGGUUGUAGAAAAGUGUAUUAAUCAAAACAACAAAGUUAUGUAGACGUGUGUUCGGUUACGAGUAAGCAAGCAAAGUAAGUAAUGUAUAUAUGAAAUACAUUUUCUUUUGCUAUAAUAGUAUUUUUUAUUUGCACAAGAACGUUACAUACAAAUUCAUUUUAUAUUUGAUCGUUCUGUUUUCUAGAAUACAAUAAGACGGAAUUUGAGAGGAGAAGA